AUGUCUUCCCCGACCCACGAGCUCGACCAAAUUCCUCUGCCGCCACCCGUUGCGGAGCCCUUGCCAGUGGUUCCAGUCAAUCCACCGUCCUAUCAAAUCAGCUCCGACGAGUAUCUCAACGCACUUGAGUUUGGUGAUAAAACCUGCAGCCUCAUCGUCGCCAUCGUGUCAGUCACGGGAGUUAAACGGAUCAACUCUUCGAAGGGCAUGUUCGAGGUUGGAAGUGCUAAAUUCAAAUCCCUGGAAGGAACUUUUUAUCAGGUAAGCAAGCGGUCGUAUAUAAUAACAAAAAUUUUGUUUGUUUUAGCUGGCGAGUUGGCGCCAGCAUGCCAACCUCGCACCGACUCUAUUCAAGGCCGGUUUUAUAUACCAGAUCGACUUUGUGGAGAAGAAGUCCUGCGGGGUUUACAGUGAUUUGAGGCAAGGAUAUGAAUUUAACGUUUACCCAUCUUCUGUCGUCUGCAAGAUCGAUGAAAUCCCGGAGAUUCAGCCAGACAUUAUCCCCGCUACCAUUGAGAACCUCGACUCUGGCCAAACUUACUGUAAGUCAAUAUAUCCAAUGCAAUCAUUUUUUAUAGCGUUUGAGGCCUUUGUUGCCCUUCCCCCGAUUUUGAUGAACAACCUCUAUAUUGGGGCGGUUGUGGACGGAGAACAUAAGAUCAGGAUCCAGCUAACCAACAUCUCUACUCCGAUUACCAAGUACUCCCGCUAUAGAUGGAUCGGUACUUAUUUUCGGGGCACCUUUGACUGCACAGAUUACGCUGAAGUUCCCGGACGACUCAACCCAAAUGACAAAAGACUUCUCAACACUCGCUCACCCAGCAAGCAUGCCCACGGUUAG